AAAAAGAGAUUUUCUGUUAUCGGGGGCAGAAAGACUGAAGCACAAAAAAAAAAAAAAAAAAAAAGAAAGAAAAGAAAAGAAAAAAGAAAAGUUAAUUUAUUUUUAAAGCAUAAUUUUUUUAAGAAUUAGACUGAAGUGCAACGGAAACAUAAAGAGAAUAUUAGUGAAAUUAUUUUUUAAAGUGGGGAAGAAUCAAACAUUUAAGACUCCCCUAUCCUUUUUAAAUGUUGUUUUUAAAUUUCUUAUUUUUUUUGGCCGGUCGUCUCAAAUUCAUCUGAUCUCUUAUUACCUCAAUUUUGGAAACUGCCCGCCACCGACCCUCCGGGACCACACAGACAGGCUGAGGACGACUUUAUGACCAAGAGCUGAACAAGAUGCAUUGUGAGAGGUUUCUAUGUAUCCUGAGAAUAAUUGGAACCACACUCUUUGGAGUCUCUCUCCUCCUUGGAAUCACAGCUGCUUAUAUUGUUGGCUACCAGUUUAUCCAAACGGAUAAUUACUAUUUCUCUUUUGGACUGUAUGGUGCCUUUUUGGCAUCACACCUCAUCAUCCAAAGCCUGUUUGCCUUUUUGGAGCACCAAAAAAUGAAAAAAUCCCUAGAAACCCCCAUAAAGUUGAACAAAACAGUUGCCCUUUGCAUCGCUGCCUAUCAAGAAGAUCCAGACUACUUAAGGAAAUGUUUGCAAUCUGUGAAAAGGCUAACCUACCCUGGGAUUAAAGUUGUCAUGGUCAUAGAUGGGAACUCAGAAGAUGACCUUUACAUGAUGGACAUCUUCAGUGAAGUCAUGGGCAGAGACAAAUCAGCCACUUAUAUCUGGAAGAACAACUUCCACGAAAAGGGUCCCGGUGAGACAGAUGAGUCACAUAAAGAAAGCUCGCAACAUGUAACGCAAUUGGUCUUGUCCAACAAAAGUAUCUGCAUCAUGCAAAAAUGGGGUGGAAAAAGAGAAGUCAUGUACACAGCCUUCAGAGCACUGGGACGAAGUGUGGAUUAUGUACAGGUUUGUGAUUCAGACACUAUGCUUGACCCAGCCUCAUCUGUGGAGAUGGUAAAAGUUUUAGAAGAAGAUCCCAUGGUUGGAGGUGUUGGGGGAGAUGUCCAGAUUUUAAACAAGUACGAUUCCUGGAUCUCAUUCCUCAGCAGUGUAAGAUAUUGGAUGGCUUUUAAUAUAGAAAGGGCCUGUCAGUCUUAUUUUGGGUGUGUUCAGUGCAUUAGUGGACCUCUGGGAAUGUACAGAAACUCCUUGUUGCAUGAGUUUGUGGAAGAUUGGUACAAUCAAGAAUUUAUGGGCAACCAAUGUAGCUUUGGUGAUGACAGGCAUCUCACGAACCGGGUGCUGAGUCUGGGCUAUGCAACAAAAUACACAGCUCGAUCUAAGUGCCUUACUGAAACACCUAUAGAAUAUCUCAGAUGGCUAAACCAGCAGACCCGUUGGAGCAAGUCCUACUUCCGAGAAUGGCUGUACAAUGCAAUGUGGUUUCACAAACAUCACUUGUGGAUGACCUACGAAGCGAUUAUCACUGGAUUCUUUCCUUUCUUUCUCAUUGCCACAGUAAUCCAGCUCCUCUACCGGGGUAAAAUUUGGAACAUUCUCCUCUUCUUGUUAACUGUCCAGCUAGUAGGUCUCAUAAAAUCAUCUUUUGCCAGCUGCCUUAGAGGAAAUAUCGUCAUGGUCUUCAUGUCUCUCUACUCAGUGUUAUACAUGUCAAGUUUACUUCCCGCCAAGAUGUUUGCAAUUGCAACAAUAAACAAAGCUGGGUGGGGCACAUCAGGAAGGAAAACCAUUGUUGUUAAUUUCAUAGGACUCAUUCCAGUAUCAGUUUGGUUUACAAUUCUCCUGGGUGGUGUGAUUUUCACCAUUUAUAAGGAGUCUAAAAGGCCAUUUUCAGAAUCCAAACAGACAGUUCUAAUUGUUGGAACGUUGCUCUAUGCAUGCUAUUGGGUCAUGCUUUUGACGCUGUAUGUAGUUCUCAUCAAUAAGUGUGGCAGGCGGAAGAAGGGACAACAAUAUGACAUGGUGCUUGAUGUAUGAUCUUCCAUGUUUUGACGUUUGCAGUCACACACAACACCUUAGUUCCUCUAGGGGCUGUACAGUAUUAUGGCAUCAGAUAAUGCCACCAAAGGAGACAUAUCACUGCUGCUGGGACUUGAACAAAGACAUUUAUAUGGGUUUAUUUUCAUUCUGCCAAAGUAAAACAAUACAUCAACAAGAAGAAACUCAGAUUUAACCUGUUAUUUCUAUGAAAAUGGGAUGAAUUCUUUGUUUAUGCACUUUUUCCUUACUGUGCAUCUGCCUGAAAGUGUUUUGCCCUAUAUACCUCACUAGCCAUGCUUUAUGUGGGUUAUCAUGGAAGAAAAGGAUUUUGGAAACUCAAGGAAAAGUUCUUUCAACCUAUACAACCUAACUUAUGGACUGUUUUGAUAGAUGAUAAUUUUUUUUUUUUAGGAAGGAUUUUCUUUUUAACUUUACCAAAUGAAAUGCCAAAGGAAGUUUUAAAGGCCGUUGGCUGUGCUGUAUUUUGAUAUAAUUGUACUAUGUUUUUAAAUUUUGUAUGCCAAUCUUAAAGACAAAUGUUGCAUAUUCUCUAUUUUACUUUUCUGCCAAAAUAAACCUGUUCUUCCUUUUUUAAAAUAAGUUCUUAAAAAAUUUAUACUUAAAAAAUCCUGCCCAAAAUGUGAAGCUUGGUUGACUGAUGUUCAUGAUAGAAAGAAUAAAAUGUUUCUCUCUUUCUACCUUAAAAAAAAAAAAAAAAAAGGGAUCUUUGAAAACAAAUACAUUUUGGCUCAAAGAAAAACAUUGGUUGAAUUAACUGUAACUACUUGACUCCUGUUAAGAAAGUAAAACACUGUUUUUUCCAGGUUUUAGAAUAGAGAAGUGGUGUAAAGAUUUUUUUUCUUUGAGUUGGUGUGGGGAAAUGGUAAAGCCAGAAAUUGGAAUGCUUCUCUUAAGGGGAAAUUUUCAAAUUUUGUUUUGCUUUUUGGUUUUCUUCUGACUCAUUCUUAGAAACUAAAGAGGCAUAGGAAGGGCAAUCUCUUCUGGGUAGAGUCAGGACUCCAGUCUCAACCUCUCAAAUCACUGCCAGCCAACCACCUGCUGUUUGGGUAGAUUAGUAGGAGAUGAUGGAGGUAUAAAAAAAGAUAAACUGCUAAAUGAUUAUGUAUGUAUAUCAUUCUUUUCCCAUUCAAAAUCUUAAAGCUGAGUAAGAACCCUUAAAGAUGUUAUAUCUGGAACUGAAUUUAAAAUAUGUGCUAAAGUGGGUAAUAUCAGGUAUCAUUUAUUGAGUGCUUAAUUACUGUAUGCCAAGCAUUGCAGUAAGCACUUUACAUACAUUAUCUUACUUAAUCUGCUUAACAACUUGACUCUGACAAGUCAUGUUCUCCUAUUAUAUAGUCUUAUGACAUCCUGAUUUCUGCUUUAUAGCACACAUUACAAAUGUAUUUUUUUAAAGCUCUAAAUAAUUAAUUUUGUAACUAGUUAUUUCUUUUUUGACUCACUGACUAGACUGAAAACUCCAUGAAGAUAAGGACCAUCUAUAUCUGUCCUGUAUUUCC